UAAUGUUACUUUUCUUGACAUAAAGAGAGAGAGAGAGGGAGAGAGAGAGAUUUCAGGGCUAUAUAUAUAAACAUGCGCCACUCGUUAUCAUGUCUACAACCUCUAUCGGAUCGUCUCUCUUGCAUGAUCUCUCUGUCUCUCUCCCAAUGGACUUGAGAGCCUCAAUGCUGAGAUGCUCGCCAUUUGAUCACAGUGAUCACAGCAGAGACUAUGACGGUUCCAUUAACAUUUCAGCCUCUUCAAGUUCAAUCUGUCUAAACCAAACAAACUCCAACUUUCCUAGAAAAUUCAUUUGGCCUCUGAGCGACACCAUCCACGCCACUGAUGAUGAAGAACUCAACGAGCCAGUCGUGGAUCUCGAGGGGUUCUUCAAAGGAGACGAGUCGGCCACCCAGCAAGCCGCCAGGCUCAUCAAGUCGGCUUGCCUGACCCACGGCUUCUUCCAAGUCGUCAACCAUGGGAUUGAUUCCCAGCUCAUUGGCAUGGCUCAUGAUCAUAUAGCCGCUUUCUUCAAGCUUCCUUUCAGCAAGAAGCUUAGGGCCCAGAAGAAGAGUGGCUCCAUGUGGGGCUUUUCCAGCGCCCACAACCACCGCUUUCUGUCCAGAUUGCCAUGGAAGGAGACGCUGUCUUUUGGCUUCCAUGACAGACCUGGCUCCCACUCUGCUGUUCUUGAUUUCUUCACAUCAACCUUGGGGAAGGAAUUUGAAGAGACUGGAUUGGUUUAUCAAAAGUAUUGUGAAUCAAUGAAGAAAUUAUCGCUUGCGCUCAUGGAGAUAUUGGGAAUCAGCUUAGGCGUGGAUCGAGAAUACUAUAAAGAAUUCUUCAGAGAUAGUAACUCAAUAAUGAGAUGCAAUUACUACCCACCUUGCCAAGAGCCAGGUCUUACUCUUGGCACUGGACCACACUGUGAUCCGACCUCUUUAACCAUACUUCAUCAGGAUCAAGUUGGAGGCCUCCAAGUGUGUGUGAAUAACAAAUGGCACACUGUUCAGCCCAGGCAUGGUGCCCUAGUCAUCAACAUUGGCGAUACCUUCAUGGCACUGUCAAAUGGGAGAUACAAAAGUUGCAUACAUAGGGCAGUGGUGAACAGGUACAAGGAAAGGAUAUCACUGGCAUUCUUCGUGUGCCCGAAAGAAGACAAAGUGGUGAGGCCUCCAGAGGGUCUUCUGAGAAGAGAAGGGCCAAGGAAGUACCCGGAUUUCACAUGGUCACAUUUGCUGGAAUUCACUCAAACCCACUACAGAGCUGAUGUUGCUACCCUCCAAAACUUCACCAACUGGUUCCUUUCCAAUUCCAACAGUAAUUAAUUAACCCUACCUGCAUCCUGCGCUACUACUACUACUACUACCACUACUACUAUCACUACUGUAGCUAGCUCUCUCUCUCUCUCUCUCUCUCUCUAAUGUACGACAAAUAUUAAGGACCGAUGUACCCAAUUUGUUUGAUCUUCAAUAUAUGCGUAUUUUGGCCAUUUAG